AUGUCGACUCGUCGAGGUGUCGGACUCGGAGCCUUUGCGAACCGUACGCAAACCAGUCAAUCCUAUGCCAACCAUGGCGCCAACCUUCGCUCUGCGCACCUUGCGUCCCUCCAAACACAACUUUCCGUAUUCCAGUCAUUGCUUCACACAUUCGCACUAGAACAUAGUUCAACGAUAAAGUCGAAUCCGACAUUCCGAGCUGAAUUUGCUCGUAUGUGCAAUGCUAUCGGGGUUGAUCCUCUUGCAGCCAGUAAUGUCAAAGGGAAAAGUGGCCGGAGAGGGGAAAGUGGUAGUUUCUGGACGCAGAUUAUGGGCGGUGAUAUGAAUGACUUCUACUUUGAAGUUGCGGUCCGAGUUGUAGAGCUCUGUCGAUCCACGAGGAGUGAGAAUGGCGGCUUGCUAGGUGUUGAAGAGUGUCGGAAACAGGUUGGCAAAGGCAAAGCCAUCGGGAGCGGCUUGGAGGUCACAGAUGACGAUGUUCUCCGCGCUGUGAAAUCACUCGGGCCCCUUGGGUCUGGCUUCUCCAUUGUGCAAGUAGGGAGCAAGCAAUACAUCCGCUCGAUCCCCAAAGAGCUGAACACCGAUCAGGCCACAGUCCUCGAGGCAAUUCAGAUACUGGGCUAUGUCAGCGUAUCUAUGUUGCAGUUGAACUUGAACUGGGAAAAGGCCCGCGCACAAACUGUCAUUGAUGACCUUGUAGCAGACGGCCUAGUUUGGGUGGACGCGCAGGGCGAAGAGAAUGAAUACUGGUCACCCCAGAAUCUCCUUGAUGACAGCGGAUGA